AACUUCGUACUUCGUAUUCCGUAGUCCGUAUUGCUGAACGUCGUUUAUCGUCAUACUGCCACUGGUUUACGAUUACGUACUUACGUGACUUAGGUUAGACUUACGUCACGUACUUACGUGACGAUUACGUGACUCAUAAUCGUACCAGUACGUACUCAUACUCGUAGUCAUACCAGUGACUCGUACCCGCACGGCGGUGACUUGUCGUGAUCUUGAGUAUUGCCAACGGACGGACCUCCGUCGACCGAUUCCGGUUAUUAGGAAGAAUACCAGUACUAACUUCUGUGAUGUACAUGUGGACGUCGAUUAACCCCAUAGCCAUGCUGUGACAACGUCAUGGCUGAGUUAGAAACAAAUCAUCUCCCUGAAGUCUGCAGGGACAAAAUGUAUUCAAAUGAUUCAAAACAUAGAACUCUAAGUGUUAGUGGCACAACAGAUAACAUAGGUAUCCGGCAACGACGUCGACUACAUGCAGGACAAACUGAUAACCACACUGAUGACGAUGAAGUAAAGUCCUCACCUACAAAAGCUGAUCGGAAUUUGUCAUUACCAGGAAAGCAAUCUGCAGCAUGUGCAUAUUGUAAAGGAAUUCCAACGACGAGACAAAAGUACCUAUUGAUAGUCAAAGCACUACAGUCAGAUCCCAUUGAUGUUAUAACCCUGAAGCAAUGUGCGAUCAGUAGAGGUGGGCUGAUCAGUGAUGAGCUAAGGGCAAAGGUUUGGCCACACUUGUUGGGUAUUGAAGUUACCCAAGUGAAGUUUCUACCAGAGUCAAGUCUAAUGAAGUACAGAGAGUACAAGCAGGUACUACUCGAUGUGAAUAGAUCUCUGAAACGGUUUCCCCCAGGAAUGGAGGAGAGUCAGCGGCUGGGGAUGCAGGAUGAGAUGGUCAGUAUCAUCGUUCAGGUCCUUCACAACAACCCAGAGCUCUGCUACUACCAGGGUUACCACGACAUUGCGGUCACAUUCCUUCUAGUUACGGGACAGAGUCUAGCCUAUCAAAUUCUAGAAAAGCUUUCUAAUGAGCAUUUAAAGGACUUCAUGUAUAAGACAAUGGAGAAAACGACCACUAUUCUAGAUUAUAUGCUUCCACUUAUUGGCAAAUCUAGUCCAGAACUCCGACAGUUCAUGGAAAGGUCUGGUGUAGGAACGAUAUUCUGCCUGAGUUGGUUAAUUACAUGGUUUGGUCAUGUAUUGCCAGACUUCAAGCAUGUUGUGCGACUGUAUGACUUUUUCAUAGCAUGUCAUCCAUUUAUGCCUAUCUACUUGGCAACUGCAAUAGUGCUACACCGUGAGUCUGAGAUCCUGGAGUGUGAGUGUGACAUGGCCAUGGUCCAUCACCUCCUGUCAAAGAUUCCUGCUGACCUGCCAUUUGAACGACUCAUCACCAUCGCUGGAGACCUUUUCAUAUCUUAUCCCCCAACAGAUCUGGAGCCAGAAGUGAUACUAUACAGAAAAAAUUUGGAACUAAAGAAUGAAGAGAACAAGGAGGUUGUGCGAAGACGUAAUAUAGGACCAAGCUUGUCCAUAACGCCCAGGUUUAUUAGUAAGAGAGGAGCUGCCAUUUGGGCACUCUCGGCAGCUGUUGGUGUAUGUGCCUAUGUUGUCUACCAUUAUGGAGUGCGCUGGUAUUGAUAGAUGUAAACACAAGAAUGGUGUAAUACAGUCUAAAAAUAAUAAGUGAUGAUCAAUGCUGUACAGAACUGGCUCAGUACUGGACUCUAUUAAUAACCUCAUUUGCAGGUGUAAUUAGAGCCAGAGAUUUAAGUUAGCAUUGUUAGAAGCUAGUCAGUGAUAUUAAAGCAGUGAUGGAAAAUGAUUUUACUUCAUGUAUUUAAAAUCAAGCUGGUAUUGAUUUUGCUCAUGUAAAAUAUCGUUUGAAGCAUGAGAAUCUUUUCUCUGCAAUGUAAUAAAUUUCGAGCUGUUAACUAAGCACCAUCAUCUUACAUGUCUGGUUUAAUGCAAAAUAUCCAUGGAGUCUGUGAAACAGGCCAUUAGCUGAAAGCUCUUGUGCUUUUGAAGUAAUUCACAGAAACCUAAUGCUUUGCUGUACCUGUAGUAUUUUAAAAUGUAAAAACGUUUUGCGAAACCAUGUUAACAUUGAAUUGGAAGAUCUGAAUCUUAAAACGUAAUAGGAAUACCUCAUGGUUCUCUUACUUUUAUUUACAGACAACUGUGAUAGAUAGGCAGGGUUACAUUUUCUAUGUUGAAGAAUUGUCUGGUUUACCUAAUAAUGAAUGACCAUUAAAUGUACCUGACACUGUAUGUAGGCACUGUCUUUAUUGUGAUCAUGUCAUCAACUAUCAACAUCCAUAUCUACUCAAUAUUGAAUUAAAUCACUAUUUACAAUUUA